AUGACAAAUAUAUAUGAAUUGGCGAUCACAGUUAACGAUUCAGUGCUUGCUGUGGACAUCAUUGAAUAUUAUAUUAAUUUGCAGGGGGAAAAAAUGUCAGAAAAAUCGAAACCAAUUAGUGACAAGGAUAUCCUCGAAACAGACAAAGAAGCUCCGGAGUCAGUAGAUGAGAAGGAUGUCAUCCGGGGAAAGGACAUACCGAAAUACGUAGGAAAAACUGUUGGAACCGCGACAAAAAAGCUGCAAAAAGCAGAACUACUAGAAAUUACUGAAGAGAAGGAAAGUGUUGCUAUAGGUGAUAUCAAGCAAUCAGGUAUAAAGAAGUAUACUGUUCAACCACUGGAAAUUGCUGAACAAGAAGUCAGUAUAGAGGAUAUAACUGUGGAUGACUUUGCUAAACUGCUAGUAGAUGAGGAGGUUAUUCAAAAAGGAUGUUUGGAAAGUAUUGAACAAAAGGUCACAUUAGAUGGUGACAUUGUGGAUAACAUCAGUGAAGGAUCAGCGAAGGAAAAUUGUAUUCAAAAAGAGAAACUACUGAUAAUAGCUGAUCAGGAUGUAAUUUCUUCAAACGGCCGUGGAUCUCUUACCAAUAAAAAAUUGGGUACAGCUGAAGCUGAAGCUGCUUCUUGCAUAGAUUCGGAAGUAAAGUUCACAGGGACGCUCCUUGACGCAUCAGAUUAUGGAAAUGUAGAAAAACCCGCAAGCAGUGUGGUUGUGGUGGAAUUAUCAAUCACAUUAAUCAGUGGUCAACUUCGAAUUAAAUCGAAACAAAUUGGGCAACGAAUUCUAAAAAUGGAUUCAGGAAGCGAAACUGGAAGCGAUAAGACUCGUUUCAUGGUUUCAAAUAGCGAAGAUCAAGAAGAACGGAAGAGUGAGGACACUGCAGAAAAUAGAGGAAGUGAAGAGACGGCAGAAGCAAGUGUAAAUCCGCAACAGUCGGAGGAAACAGAAUCACAUGUGGGAUCAGAGAUUAAGGAAGAAAAUCAACAAUCAGUGAAGGAUAUACAUGAAUCUUCAGGUGAUAUGAUUGAAGCUACCCAAAAGAUGGGUCAACGAGGAAGAACAUGUGCUUUGAGUAUUAACAAUUUGGAAGCAUUAUAUGAGAAUAUUGUCCGUGCCGUUCUUUUAUACUGUCGCAUAAAUGGGUUCCUGCUACUGCGAUGCAUAAUUGAUAAUCCAUCUUUUGAUACGACGAUAUACGAGAAAGAUGAUGUUACACGUGAAGUGAAUUUCUUAAAAUCAGUUUAUAAUGAGGCAGGAAAAUCGUUAAACUUGCAAAAAGAAAGAGGUCGGAGGGAAUUUAUCUCUUGCAGUUUUCUUUUUGAUAUCGUUAACUUCAUCAAGAGAAACGAAAUACAUAACCUUCUUGAGAAGGGAGUUGUUAAAACAGUUGAGACGCAUAAUUUUUUCGAUCUGAAUUUAUUUCUAGUUACGCCAAACGAUGUUGAGAAGUUAUAUGAAGCGGACGAAGCAAUUAUUAUUCAUUUCGACCUGCUGACCGAUUACCGCUUCUUCACAUCAUCUUUGCUAACAGCUCAGCGGACGAUGGAAAUGAAACCGUUGGUUGUGAAAUAUGUUAACAUUCGAAUACAAUUAUCUUUCUUCAAGUUACUCAUCCAACAUAUCAAAGCACUUAGUGUGGAGGAUCUCGAUAAGUUAACCGAUUUGAAACUAUGUUCUGAAGAGGAUCGAAAGGAUCACUGCUGCUAUAAUAUGCUUCAAGCUCAAGAAAUGAUCAGGAAUGAAUGUUGCGUGUGGAAGGAUGCUGAAAAGCUUGCACGAAGACUCUGUUGUCAGUUGAUUUUUUAUUGUGAGAGUGAUUGGUUCUGGAGCGAAAUCGUAAGAAUCAUAAAUGCGGACAGAGAAUCGUCAACUCUGUUAGUAAAGGUGAAAGUUGUAUCAAUGGAUACUUGCUUAUCUUUCUGA